CAUUCUGAAGCUCAAAAGAUGUCCACGAGGCCAAAAACCCUUGAUGCGGGGCAGCAAACAGGAACACGUGGUUUUCUCCUCUAAAAAUGAACUGUGAAUCAAAAUUGAACUAAAACAGUUUCUUCAUUGCAGAAAAAUUCCUUCCAAUGAAGCUCAAUUAGUGAUAAUUGAGUACCUCUCCGUUUCUGUUUCCAAGCAUGCGGUGGCUAUUGCGGAGGAGCAGCCGAAAGGCGGUGGCCGGAUUCGGAUCACGCGGUUCGUUUUCUUUAUUCGAAGUAGGGUUUAGUGAGGUACGGAGGAGUGUGGCGACGAGCUGUAGGGCGGUGCUUCUGCCGCGGUUCGGCGGACCGGAGGUGCUGGAGCUCCGAGACAAUGUCAGUGUCCCCGAUCUCAAGCCUAAUGAGGUCCUUGUCCGCGCUCGCGCCGUCUCCAUCAAUCCGCUCGACUGCAGGAUGCGCCAAGGCUAUGGCCGUUCUCUAUUCAAACCACUCUUACCAUUGAUAUUAGGCCGUGAUAUUAGUGGUGAAGUUGCAUCUGUUGGAAGUUCUGUGCACUCACUUGGUGUCGGUCAGGAAGUGUUUGGUGCUCUCCAUCCUACUGCAGUGAGGGGUACUUAUGUUGACUAUGCCAUUCUGGCAGAAGAUGAACUUGUCUCAAAGCCAGAGUCAAUUUCACAUGUGGAAGCAAGUGCCAUUCCUUUUGCUGCCUUGACUGCUUGGCGUGCACUGAGAAGUACAGCUAAUAUAAAACCGGGACAAAGGGUAUUAGUGUUGGGUGGAGGAGGAGCUGUAGGCUUUUCCGCAAUUCAGCUUGCUGUGGCUGUUGGAUGCCAUGUCUCUACCACAUGUGGAGGCGAAAGUGUAGGUCGUAUGUUGGCAGCUGGUGCAGAGCAGGCUGUUGACUACACGACUGAGGAUUGUGAGGUGUCCAUUAAGGGGUAUUUUGAUGCUGUAUUGGACACAAUUGGGGUACCUGAGACUGAAAGGAUUGGUGUCAAUCUUUUGAAGAGAGGUGGCCAUUACAUGACAUUGCAGGGAGAGGCUGCAUCCUUGACUGAUAAGUAUGGAAUGGUGGUUGGCCUUCCAAUGUCAACAGCAAUUUUAUUACAGAAGCAAAUGCAAUAUCGAUACUCUCAUGGAAUAGAAUAUAACUGGACGUACAUGAGGGCUGAUGGGGAAGGUUUAGAAGAAAUUCGUCGGCUAAUUGAGGCUGGAAAGCUGAAAGUACCUGUGGAGAAGACGUUUCCGAUUACACAAGUGAGAGAGGCUCAUGAAGCCAAAGAUGAGAGGCUUAUUUUCGGCAAAGUUGUUCUAGAACUCGAUUAGCUCAGACCUACUAUAUAAUAUAUACAUACAGAUGAAGUCAGCAAACUUGAUAUUUCCUUGUGUAAAGUGAGGCAUAAAUGUGUACGUGGGAGUUAUGGCAGUCCAGUUCCUCAGACCGACCCUUAAUAAACGGCGAAGCAUCAGUUGUUGGAAUUUGUACUCGUUGUGGCACUCUGUACAUUCUGAUAGCAAAUUGAAUUUUGUUAGUUUUAGUUAUAUGUGAGAAAAAAAUAUAGAUUAUUGCACUUGGUAAACACAUUUCGAAAACUGAUACGUUAAAUGUCGUUUCAAUUUUCUUAGUACCGUUCCGACUUUAAAUGUGAUUUUGACAAAUUUUCAGUUUA